AUGGACACACAAGCAGGAAUAUCUCAGAAGGACAUCUAAUGUUAUCCCCGGAUUGUGACAUAAAAGAUAAUGAUAGUAGACCGGAUUCUCCAGGAGAUAAUCCCAUUACCCCAAUUAUACAUCCAGCUCUAUCAGCUGAUCCCUCUGAUCCUGGGAAAUGUUCUCCUGAUCACUCUGAUAUUGGUGCAUCUGUUACAGCUCUGACCGUAGAUACAGUGUUUCCCUGUUCUAUAGAUGCCAAAUGUUUUACACAGAACACAAAGCUUAUUAACCCACACACAGGUAAGGCAGGUGAGAGGCCACUGAUAUGUUCUGAGUGUGGGAAAUGUUUUACCUGCAAAUCACAACUUGUUUCACAUAAGUGCCGCCACAAAGGUCAGAAGCCAUUUCCAUGUUCUGAGUGUGGGAAAUGUUUUACAGAGAAAUCACAUCUUGUUACACAUCAGAGACGUCACACAGGUGAGAACCUAUUACCAUGUUCUGAGUGUGGGAAAUGUUUUACACUGAAAUCACAUCUUGUUACACAUCAGCGAAAUCACACUGGUGAAAAGCCAUUUCCAUGUUCUGAGUGCGGGAAAUGUUUCACCCGGAAAUCACAACUUGUUAAACAUCAGCGAAGUCACACAGGUGAGACUCCAUUUCCAUGUUCUGAGUGUGGGAAAUGUUUUACAUACAAAUCACUUCUUGUAAUACAUAAGAGAAUACAUACAGGUGAGAAACCAUAUUCCUGUUCUGAGUGUGGGAAAUGUUUUACAUACAAAUCAACUCUUGAUGCACAUAAGAGAAGUCACACAGGUACAUCACCAUUUCCAUGUUCUGAGUGUGGGAAAUAUUUUGCACAGAAAUCACAACUUGCUAGACAUCAAAGAAUUCACACAGGUGAGAGGCCAUUUCCAUGUUCUGACUGUGGAAAAUGUUUUGCACAGAAAUCACAUCUUUUUGCACAUCAGCAAAGUCACACAGCUGAGAAGCCAUUUCCAUGUCAUGAGUGUGGGAAAUGUUUUACACACAAAUCAGAUCUGGUUAGUCAUAACAAAAGUCACACAGGUGAGAAGGCAUUUUCUUGCUCUGAGUGUGGGAAAUGUUUUGCCCGGAAAUCAGAACUUGUUAGACAUCAGCGAAGUCACACAGAUGAGAAGCCAUUUUCUUGCUCUGAGUGUGGGAAAUGUUUUGCCCAGAAAUCAGAACUUGUUAGACAUCAGCGAAGUCACACAGGUGAGAGGCCAUUUCCAUGUCCUGAGUGUGGGAAAUGUUUUGCACACAAAUCAGAUCUGGUUAGUCAUAACAAAAGUCACACAGGUGAGAAGGCAUUUUCUUGCUCUGAGUGUGGGAAAUGUUUUGCCCGGAAAUCAGAACUUGUUAGACAUCAGCGAAGUCACACAGCUGAGAAGCCAUUUCCAUGUCAUGAGUGUGGGAAAUGUUUUACACACAAAUCAGAUCUGGUUAGUCAUAACAAAAGUCACACAGGUGAGAAGCCAUUUUCUUGCUCUGAGUGUGGGAAAUGUUUUGCCCGGAAAUCAGAACUUGUUAGACAUCAGCGAAGUCACACAGGUGAGAGGCCAUUUCCAUGUCCUGAGUGUGGGAAAUGUUUUGCACACAAAUCAGGUCUUGUUAGUCAUAACAGAAGUCACACGGGUGAGAAUCCAAUUUCUUGCACUGAGUGUGGGAAUUGUUUUACACGAAAAUCACAACUUGUUAAACAUCAGAGAAGUCACACAGGUGAGAAGCCAUUUCCAUGUUCUGAGUGUGAGAAAUGUUUUGCACACAAAUCAGAUCUUGUUAUACAUCACAGAAGUCACACAGGUGAGAAGCCAUUUUUUUGCUCUGAGUGUGGGAAAUGUUUUACACAGAAAUCACAUCUUGUUAGACAUCAGCAAAGUCACACAGGUGAGAAUCCAUUUCCAUGCUCUGAGUGUGGGAAAGGUUUUGCACACAAAUCAGCUCUUGUUAUACAUCACAGAAGUCACACAGGUGAGAAGCCAUUUCCAUGUUCUGAGUGUGGGAAAUGUUUUGCAGACAACUCAGCUCUUGUUAUACAUCACAGAAAUCACACAGGUGAGAAGCCAUUUCAAUGUUCUGAGUGUGGGAAAUGUUUUACACAGAAAUCACAACUUGUUACACACCAGAGAAGACACACAGGUGAGAAGCCAUUUUAAUCUUCUGGAGUAUACUUAUCAUUGCCAUGUGUUGUUCUUCAAGGUUCUUAUCAUGGCCCUCAUUCCGAGUUGAUCGGUCGCAAGGCGAAUUUUGCAGAGUUACACACGCUAAGCUGCCGCCUACUGGGAGUGAAUCUUAGCAUCUUAAAGUUGCGAACGAUGUAUUCGCAAUAUUGCGAUCACAAACUACUUAGCAGUUUUAGAGUAGCUCCACACUUACUCUGCCUGUGCGAUCAGUUCAGUGCUUGUCGUUCCUGGUUUGACAUCACAAACACACCCAGCGUUCGCCCAGACACUCCCCCGUUUCUCCGGCCACUACUGCGUUUUUUCCGGAAACGGUAGCGUUUUCAUCCACACGCCAAUAAAACUCUGUGUUUCCGCCCAGUAACACCCAUUUCCUGUCCAUCACACUACGAUCGCCGGUGCGAAGAAAAAGCCGUGAGUAAAAAUCCUUUCUUCUUAGCAAAAUUACUUGGCGCAGUCGCAGUGCGAACAUUGCGCAUGCGUACUAAGCGGAUUUUCACUGCGAUGUGAUGAAAAAUACCGAGCGAUCAACUCGGAAUGAGGGCCCAUAUCUCCUAUACUUUUUGCAAUACACAUGUUACCACAGUGUGAAAUAAUCAGGUGUCAUGCCCUCAUCUACCUCUGCUAUGCAGAUGACCUGUCUUUUGCUCUGGGUACUGAGAACCCAGUACCAAUCCUAAAUGUCUAGCUGAGCUCCAGGUGUGGGUGAUGCCAGUUCGCUGUGACUCAGUCCUGGUGAAACAGGUCCUUAUGAUUGAAGCUCACCAACAAAGGGCAGGGCUACAGCUCAGCUUUGCUACCAGCCAGACUUAUGCUUGGGGGUUCAGAAUUACAAAAUGCUGGUCAUGUGCAGAAUAUUAGUGUCCUGGAUGGUGGAGUGACACCAUUAGACAUCCGGUAUCAGCCAGAAUCAGAUCCUCAUAUGUGGACCAUAGCCAGACUCCAGCACUUAAUUCCCUCAGAAGAUCUACCUGAUGUCGUACAUGUACUUGUAUCAUCUCACAUAGACUACUGCAAUGUCCUCUACCUGGGUCUCCCAGCAGAAGAAUUGCACCAGUUGUAGCAUGUACAGAAUGCAGCAGCCAGGCUGUUACCUAACUAGCCCGUUCCUGCCACAUAACACCCAUUCUCUGGUCCCUGCACCGGCUGCCUGUAAGAUGGUGACUGGGCCUAAUUCAGGUUGGAUCGCAGUGUGUGAUCCAAAUGGAAUUAUUCUGAAAAAGUUGCGGGCGCAUCCACUGCACCCAUCCUGUGCAUGCGCCCGCAUUUUCUGCGGAGGGGCCGCAGAAAAUGUGAUUGCCUGUCAGGCAGAGGCGGUCACGAGGGUUGGUGGGCAAUGCUCCAUUUCCAGGGAGGUGCGAAUCGGUGCGGGGGCAGUGUAGCGCGAACAGAGGGCAAAGGCGGACAAACGGACAUCAUCAUGGUGGCUUUGUGACAUCACAUGCAGCCGCUGUAUUCGAGAAGAAUGCGUCGGGCCUCCUGCGGGCGCAACUGAGCUGCAGCAGGAGACUUCACUAACUUCUACGAUGAAGCAGAAAUUGGGCAAUCGCAUUUUCUGCUUCAUCAGGGGGGAGGCGGCGGUCAGCAUGCUGGGUGGCCUUGCCCUGUGAUGGGCGGCCCCUAGCGCGCUAGGAAAAGUAUUGCUAAUUCUGCUAAUUAGCAGCAUCUGCAAUCCUUACUGAAUUAGACCCGCUAUUAAAUAAUCUUACUGACUCUCCCAGCCUUGCAUGACCACGGUACCAGAAGCAUCUUCUGCCUCCGUACUGCCCAAGCUUCUUCCAUCUGUUGAUGAAGGACUUAGCAGUACCAUAGAUUCCCAAGCAGUGCUUAGAUGUCGGGGAGACAGGGUGGGUGGCAGUAGUGCAGUAGCGGGGGCUGCUGUAGGCAGUAUCUAU